CUCACCGACUCCAAUUUAUUCAUUCUUUAGUUCAUUCAAGCAUUGGUCACAAAAUCAGUAUUCGCGAACCCUCACCCCUCCUCCUCAGAAAUGGUCAUCUACUCCACCCUCUCAUCAAACGCUUCUCGCAUGAUCCGACGCGCCUCACUCCUGAACCACCUCAGGUGCAUAAGCAAUGUCCCUCAAAACACUGUCUACGGUGGACCCAAGCUCCAGAACCCAUCUCAGCGAGUGACCCUCACCCACCUCAGGCAGAUGUACCGCAGGGGCCAGCCCAUCGCCGUCGUCACCGCCUACGACAACCCCUCCGCGGUCCACCUCGACACCGCCGGCAUCCACAUCUGCGUCGUCGGAGACUCCGCCGCGAUGGUCGUCCACGGCCACGACACCACUCUCCCCAUUACCCUCGACGAGAUGCUCGUUCAUUGCCGCGCCGUCGCCCGCGGCACCAAUAACCCCCUCCUCGUCGGCGAUCUUCCGUUCGGCACCUACGAGUCAAGCUCUCAGCAGGCAGUUGAUACUGCGGUUAGGAUUCUGAAGGAAGGAGGAUUGGACGCAAUAAAAUUGGAAGGAGGUUCGCCUUCAAGAAUCACGGCAGCAAAAGCUAUUUUUGAUGCUGGUGUUGCAGUCAUGGGGCAUGUGGGACUUACUGCUCAGGCUAUUAGUGUUCUUGGGGGAUUUAGACCUCAGGGGAAAAAUGUUGCUAGUGCUGUCAAGGUCUCUCUCUCUUUCCAGAUAGAGACUGCACUAGCAUUGCAGGAAGCUGGGUGUUUCUCUGUUGUACUGGAAUGUGUGCCGCCAGCUGUGGCUGCUGCUGUGACUUCUGCUAUUCAAAUCCCCACCAUUGGCAUCGGAGCUGGGCCUUUCUGCAGUGGACAGGCGCUGGUUUACCACGACCUAGUGGGAAUGCUCCAACAUCCGCAUCACGCCAAGGUUACACCAAAGUUCUGCAAACAAUUUGGACAUGUCGGAGACGUCAUCAACAAAGCUCUUCUGGAGUUCAAGGAAGAAGUGAUGAAUGGUUCAUUCCCUGGCCAUGCAUACAGCCCAUACAAAAUCAGUGCAGCCGAUGUUGACAGUUUCUCGAAUGAGUUACAAAAGUUGGGUUUGGACAAAGCAGCAUCUGCAGCUGCUGCAGCGGCUGAGAAGAUUGAGACAGCCAAAUCGCCUGAUGAUGGAAAUCCCAAAACUAACUGA